GUGACGCCGCUUCCCUUUAAGAGUCCGGUAUGCGUCACCUGACCAGGUCCACCGACCACCGACGAGGCAGGACUGUAACCUGCAUUACUAGAAAAAUAAGCAACUAAAUAGCUAAGAUCCACACGAUAUAGCACUGAAACGCGAAACACACUUGUCUUCAACCUCCCGCCAUUGAAACGACUGGAAAGAGACACGUCAUCAUCACCAUCAUCCUCCGACCGGACUCGAAGGACACACGGGCUGCGACCGAAUAUCACCGAGGCUCCGGAAUCCCGAACAGCUUUAUAGUAGAGGAUUAAUCGACGGAGCGUUUGUAAAACUCGUUUUUAGGUGUUUGUUUAAUUCAUUACGUCGUAAAAAGAACCGGUUCGUCGCAAAACGCUCUGUAAUUUCUGUUAGAUGGGGUUUCGAUACGUAUGAUAACCAAAGGUGACGUUUUAACGUAUUAAUUUGACCAUUUAUUUCACACGAGAGCCAGAAAACAGCUCGUCGUAGGGCGUUACGUAAUAGAGGCAUUAUCCAGGGUGCUGAAACCAACCCAUGCUAGACGCCUACGAGGGAUUUUUUUAACGGUUCAGUUGAGAACAUAUAUAUAUAUUUUUUGCUUUUAAAAACGCAAAUUCAUCCGAUCCGCCUGGAAACCGAAACGAGGAAUUGACAUUGACAGAUUCGAGAGAGCCACCUUGGAUUCCGUGUCUUUUUUUGUCGGCGAAUAUCAUAUGCAUUUCGUCUGUCCUUCCCCCUGAAGUUGAUUCUUGAGGUGGUUGUCGACGCUACCGGGAGAAAAUGUCGGGACAGACUCUGACGGAUCGCAUCGCCGCGGCGCAGUACCAGCUCACCGGAUCCGAUGUGGCUCGUGCCGUUUGCAAAGCCACCACGCACGAGGUGAUGGCGCCCAAGAAGAAGCACCUGGAUUAUCUGAUCUCAGCCACCAAUGAGACAAAUGUGAACAUCCCCCAGAUGGCUGACACACUAUUUGAAAGAGCCACUAAUGCCAGCUGGGUGGUCGUGUUUAAAGCUCUAACCACGACCCACCAUAUCUGCAUCUAUGGCAAUGAGAGAUUCAUCCAGUAUUUGGCCUCAAGGACUUCCCUGUUUAAUCUCAGCAACUUUAUUGACAAAACUGGCUCCCAUGGCUAUGACAUGUCUACAUUCAUCAGACGAUAUGCACGGUACUUAAAUGAAAAGGCAUAUGCUUACCGUGCAAUGGCCUUUGACUUCACUCGAGUCAAGAAGGGAGCUGACGGAGUGAUGAGGACUAUGGCUCCUGACAAGCUUUUGAAGGCCAUGCCUGCCCUUCAGACACAAGUAGACACACUGCUGGAGUUUGAUGUUCAUCCUAAAGACUUGAACAACGGCAUCAUAAAUGCAGCAUUCAUGCUUCUCUUUAAGGAUCUGAUAAAACUCUUCGCCUCCUACAAUGAUGGCAUCAUCAAUUUAUUAGAGAAAUAUUUCAAAAUGAAGAAGUCUGAGUGCAAGGAUUCUCUGGACAUUUAUAAGAAAUUUCUGACCCGGGUGACCAAAAUUGCAGAGUUCAUGAAAAUUGCAGAGCAAGUAGGAGUGGAUAAGAAUGACAUCCCUGACAUCUCUUAUGCUCCCAGCAGUAUUCUGGAGUCUCUAGAGGCACAUAUGAACAGUCUAGAGGGCAAGAAAGGGGAAGGGUCACCCACAAAAGGAUCACCCACCAAUAACGUGUCUCCAACCUCCACACCCGCCAAAUCAGCCGCUGCCGUCCCUACUUUGGAGCCGCCACGUGCUGAGGCCGCGCCUGCUGCCGCUGAAACUGCCACAGAUUCUCUGCUGGAUCUGGAUCCGUUGUCUUCCUCUGGACCUUCUACAGGAGCAUCAGCUGCUCCCACAUCUUGGGGAGAUCUGCUGGGCUCAGAGAUAGGCUCCCUUACUACAGAGACUCUCCUUCCUGACCCAACCCCUGCCGUAGACUCCAACUCCUCAGCCACGCCCACCACCACAGCCGCUGAGGCAGCCGUUUCUUUGGCUCCUCCUUCUUCUGCUGCCGGUGCUUCCUCCGGCUCAGCUGAUCUCCUCGGAGAUGUGUUUGCGGCACCUGCGGCUGAAACAGCUGCUAGUGCAGAAGGUGGGGCUGCAGCAACCACACCCACCCCUGCUGCCGACGGCACAGCACCAACCGAAUCUGCAGGUGCUGGAGAGGCCAAACCAGCUGCCCCAGCUGCAGCGGCUGCUGGAGGAGAUCUGAUGUCAGCUUUCGAUGGAUUGGGUGAUGUGCUCAUGCCAGCAAUGGCUCCACAGGGAGCAGGGGCCACCUCACCGGUCAAACCCAUGGGAGGAGAUCUGGACUCAGCUAUGGCCAACAUGGCCAGCAAUUUGGCAGUGGGGAACCAGAAACCGGGUGAAGCAGCUGGAGGGGCGAACUGGCAAGCGCAGGUACCCACCCCUAGCUGGGGCGUUGCCAUGACUUCCCCUCUCGGGGUCUGUCCUGUCAUGGGAUCCCCAUCACCGUUUGGCAUGCCCGGAGCAGGAGCCAUGCCUGGCUCUCCAAUGAUGGCUGCGCAGCAACCGAUGAUGAGGCCACAGUUUCCCGCAGCAGGAGCCCCUGGACAACCGAUGUCUCCAGGAAUGGCCCAGAGUCCCAGGAAGCCUCCUCCUCCUAAAGACCCUCUUGCUGACCUCAAUAUCAAAGACUUCAUGUAGAUGAGCAGCUGGUUUGUCACACUUAUUGUGCAGCCCUGAUGAAUCAGACGUGUGUAUUCUCUCUUCCGUUCAUCACAUUCAGGGACUCCAGUCCCUCCUUUUCUCUCUUUCCCUUCCCUUCCCUUCCCUUCCCUGUCUGUUGUUGUAGCACAAACCGUGAACGUGAUUAAGUACAUGUGUGUACGUGUGUUUGUAUUUCAAUGUUCUCAGUUACUUCAGAUAUAUAUAUAAAAAAAAGUACUAUGAAAAAUGAGGAGAAUGGCAGAUGCAUUCUUUAAUGUGCAUCUGCAGGUCUCUUAAUGAUAGAUGUGCAUUCAUUUUUCCUGGCUCGCUUACCGUGGGAAAUCAAAUCAAAAGUGUGACGUUUUCUGUGGAAAAUGGUUUUUUGCUGUGGUGAAUAUCACUGGGCCGGUCUGUGUCAUCAUCAGUCGAGUAUUAGUCAUCUUUUGACCACAGAAUAACUUCUGUGGGAACAAUAUCAAUGUAUUACGAGUUAAGAUAGUGUCUCACGCACUGUUUGUUUUUAUCGAUGCCCUGAUUUUAUUCUUUUUCGUAUCUAUCGAUUGUGAGUUACAUGCAACAUGUGACUAUUUGAUGAAAAUACAUAUGCAUUUUAAAAUAUUUUAAAAGACAGAUUGUUUUGAAUAUCCUUAGUCUUUAUUUUGAGAUAAAAAGUUUGAAUAUAUUUUAGUUAUGUCAGAAGUUUACUUUGCAUACUACAUGGCUAGUUAGUAAUCCCAUUUGUACAAAUGUCUGUGUACAUCACAAGGCACUGAGCCGAUCGAGUCCUGCUAGUAUGUACAAUAUAAUAUCGCAGCAUGUAAUUCCUCUGUUGUGCAAAGGGGACGCCAGUGAGCCAGAUCAGAUUCUAUCAGCAGCAAGUUCACCUACAUCCCAAUCAACAUGUCACGAAUAGUUCAACCAAAAGUUACAAUUUGCUUAAAACGUACUCACCCUCAGACCACUUAAAAUGUGGGUGAGUUUGUUUCCUCAUCAGAACAGAUUUGGAAUAAUUUAUCAUUGCAUCACUUGUUCACCAGUGGAUCCUCUGCAGUGAAUGGGUGCCAUCGGAAUGAGCUGAUAAAGACAUCACAAGAAUCCACAAGUUAUCCACACCGCUCCAGUCCAUCAGUUAAAGUAAAGCAAAAACCUGUGUUUGUAAGGACCAUCAACACAGCUUUAACUUCAAAAUGUUGCUUUGGCAAAAAUAUUAGGUUUUCACCCAUAAAAUGGCUUUCUCCAGUGAAAGUCUGUAUCAGGAGGGAAAUAUGCAUGAAUGAAACAACAGGUCUAAACAAAUAUGUUGGUGUAUUUUAAUGUGAGAUGAAAAGGACCUUGUGGAGCACUGGUGGAAGCCCUUUUUUGGCUUUAAGCAAUGGUUAAAAUGCUUUAAUCAUGGAUUUUCUUUCUUAAAAAAAAUGCAGCUUUUCAUUUCACAAGAAAAAACACAUGUACUGGUGUGGAUUACUUGUGGAUUAUUGUGAUGUUUUUAUUAGCUGUUUGAACUCUCAUUCUGGCGGCACCCAUUCACUACAGAGUAAUAAUAAUGUAAUCGAGUAAUCAUUAUAGAGUAAUCCAAGAAUGAGCAAGUGAUGUAAUGCCACAUUUCUUCUUCUGUUCUGAUGAAGAACUCAUCUCCAUCUUGGAUGGCCUCAGGGUGAGCAAAUUCUCAUUUUUCAAACAAACUAUUUCUUUAAAAUAGGACUGAAUAUACCUGGCUGCCUAGUGUUUUGUUGUAUUGCAAGUGAGUGUGUUACCAAUUCUAUUUGCUACAAGUAUCAAGGAUAUCAAAGGGACGACCGGCAGUUUCAUGGGACAGUAUUGCAUUUUAUUGAUGGCUGUUUUUUUAUUUCAACUGAACAUUUUGUUGAUAAAUUUUAUUUUUGGAUGGAAUAACACCCUCUGCCCCUCCCACCUUUGUGCAUGUUAGUCCUGUUGAAAUGCAAUAAACAGUGAUCUGGAGAGAAA